CUAAAUAAAGAAUACCAAAGCCUGAAAAAGUGGUUUUAAUUGAAUUGAGAGACCGAGACUGGGGGGCUUAGGGAGAACGAAGGACUGUUCUUCGAUUGAGCGAGGGAAUCAAACGGAGCACGGCUGACGGCGAUCGGAGAGCCCUCGCCGGAUCCAAUCCGAUAGCAUCUGUGCUAAUUUGGCUGUACGGUUUUUCCCGUACAGCCUGUUGUAGGAUAUAAUUUGCCUUCUGCACUGGCGCGAAACUGAGGAAAGAGAGUGGAGAAGAAGACGAUUACUUCACCGGAUUCCCCAAAAGUUUCUCAUCGAUUCUCCAGCCUCCAGGUCGGAUUUCUUCCAUUUUUUUCAUCUCUUUUGAACAACUGAAUUGGUUCAGCGAUCCCUACAAGUUUGCUGUGAAAUUUUCAGAAAUUUAUUUCUAUUCACCGGAAACAAUUCUUCGCGGGUAUUCCCCUUUUUUUGUUUGUUUAAUAUUCUGAAAUUUAUUACUCCGUAAACUGUUUAAUGAAGUAGAAAUUCUUGAAAUUCAUUACAUUGUGAAGGCUCCGUUUCACAUUACCUUCAGCAAUUGAAAAUUCUAUCUAAUGAUAACUUUUAGUGUUUCCAAAGUUAAUCUUCAUCUUUAAGAGAACGGUUACUCCUCAAAAGGUUAAACUAAUCACAAAUGUUGUGGAUAAGAGAAGCCUAAGUAAAACCAUUGGUUUUUAUUUUGAGAUCUGUAUCUUAUUUAAUGAUGCAUUCUAUUGGGUAUGACACUGGAUUUUUGGAUUCAUGUAUCUAAUCAAGACUGGGUUGUGGAGGUCUUAAAAAAAGUGGAGUAUUUUCUUUUAUUUCUUCUGUCGGGUGGUGUUUCGACCCCUGAUAAGGGUGAUUCGGGUAGGUGGAAGGCCGGUAGGGAGAAGAGAAUGAAGAAUGGAAAAUUGUUUUCACUCAACUUAACUAAACCUUGGGACACAUUGGAUUCGUCCAAUCGUCCCAAUUGUAUAGGUUUAUUCCAUUGGCAUGGAUUGCUCGAAGAUACAGUGACGAUGGAAGAUCCUCAUUCCGUCGAUAGUCCUCGGAGGAUCCUCAAUUUUACGAAAAAUAGGAAGGCGACUGUUGUCUUCCCAGAUUCAAACGAAAAGGCUUCAGAAGUUGCUAUUCCUGGGGAUCAUGGACCCAAUCCUUCUGAAGUUUAUGGAUUUGUUGGGUCUAUUUCGACCGUCGUUGCCACAGUCAUCUUUUUUGUGUGGGCAUAUGUGCCAGAGAAAUGGUUGCAUUCAAUAGGGAUCUUUUACUAUCCAAGCAGGUAUUGGGCAUUGGCUGUGCCAGCCUAUGUGAUGAUGACCGUAGUUCUAGCCAUUACAUUUUACAUUGGUCUCAACUUCAUGGCCACCCCUCCUCCAACUUCUUUCACCACCAUGUUUGAUGAAUUCAGCAGAGAACCAUUGGCGAGCCGUGCUUUUACAGGCGAUGAUGGAGACGACGAGUGUCCCAUUGACCCGAUCUCUGAUAUCAGCAUUGACCAAAUAAAUGAAAUUAUGUUUGGAAAUUCUGAAUAACAAUUCUUCUGCUAGACUGUAGAGGAACCAAAACUAGUGUGCGAAGUUACAAAUAUUACCUUUGUGUCAGAGUAUUCGUCGGGUCUACUUUUUGAGACAAAGUGAGGUAACUUUGAUUAUCAAGUAAAUGUAAAUUUCAUCGUACUUUCGAAAAAAACUAUCGUUGUGUUA